GUAUGUGUGUGUAUUGUAUUAUGUGUGUGUAUGCGACUGUGUUUUGUUUACAAUUAGUCAAUCGGUGAUAUAUAUUAUAUAUAUUUUUUUCACUUCAUGCAAUAUCAAAAUAUGUUUAUGCGGUUGCUUUUAGACUUUUAGUGAAUCGCUGUUCGUAUUCCGGUUUUAAUGUCAAGUAAAAACAAUAGUUGUCGACGGUCCGAAACGCGUUCCUACGCACUACCGAUGUGAAAUCUUCGAAACCCAACAUUUUUUCACUCUAAUUUAAAGCCUGUUGAAAUAUGCACAAAUAAAGGAGUGAACACAUUAUUAUUAUAUUUCUGGUAAAAGUAUCAGAUGCGUCCAAGGUUCGAUCGUGCCUGUUAACGAGAUAUACCAUGCAGAGUACUGCAAAAGGUCCUAGGUCUUAUAUGAAGUCCUAUGGUCGGGCCAAGUACUCCAACAAUCCAAACAGUGUAGUACAAACGGCCAUUAACUUUGAUAAGUUAUUAUGUGAAAAUACCAACAAGCCAACAGCUGCUAAAUCAGCUGGCACUGUUGGCAAAUGGGGUGUUACUUCGUUUACUUCGAUCAGAAGUACUAACUUUGUUACAGGAAAAUCUGAAGAGACGUCUGGUUCUCGCUUCAGCGUUGGCAAGAAAAGGCAACACCAAGAAGCUAGUCCUGUUCCAAAAAUUAGUGUACCUGAACCCGCUGUGAAUGUGGUACGACCUAAGAAGUUUUUCAAAAGUCGUAAUGCCGAUUCAAACAGGCCUGGCAAGUAUCCAGGGUCUGAGGCUACGAAAAAAAGUAAAUUGAUUGUGCAGAAAACUCCUGAAUCAUCCCCUGAAAAAGAAGACAGAAUUCCAGAAGGAAACGAGUUGUCGUUUACAUCACUGACACCUGUCAAAGAUCCGAGUAAACCGCCAAUCGUACUUAGAAUAUUUAAGGGUAAAUCUCAAUUGGUCACCGAACCACCCAAUGACGCUCAGAAACCAUUGCAAGCCAUCGAAGUGCCUGAAAGUAAUCAAGUGACGCCCACGAUAACUACCAGGAGUCUCCGCAGACGGAAUCCACAGACUACGUAUGCCGAGCCUGAUCCAGACGAAGUGGAAGAAUCUCCUACGGUGGUUGAAAUUCCUAAAAAAAGACGACAAGACAGGCCCAAAAACACAGUUCCCGCCUUAAAGAUCAAUAUAUCUAAUAACACGAUUAUAAAUAGUAAUCAAGAAAAAACUGUAGAAGAUAAGGUCGAGGUAAAACAGAUAGAAGUCGCGGAAACAAUCGACAUAAGUGAAGAUGACAACGAGAAAGUGAUUGACAAAUCAAAACUAGAGCAAUUGGAAAAUGAUCGAAAUCACUUGCUAGCUGUAUUGGAAGGCAGCGAUGAUUCAUUGUCCAGUCCUAAACCUGAUGUCGAAUCGGUUGAACCCGUAGUUAGUAAACCGGAUGAAAAUGACGAUUUACUUAAACAACUUGAAGAACACAUUAAAUCCGAUACAGAGUCAAAAAGUAAAAGCACGACAAAAGUUAAAGAAGAUAUUGGCGCAUUCUCAGAGAUUUCUUCGUCUUCAAAGAACAAAGGAAUUUUUGUAGAAACCGAACCAAUUAAACUUGAUGACGAAGAAGUUGUCGAACCAAUGGAAGUAGAACAAGCUGAAACGUUUGUUCCAGCAGCCAAAAAGAGCAUUUUCAAGUCGAGAAACGAAAGAAAUAAAAAAGGCAUGUUCCUUUACAAACACUCUUGGGUUGACAAAGAUAAAAAAGUUGAUGAUGAGAAAAAAGACGAAUGCGCUCCGAGCACGAGUCCAAAUGAUAAUUUCGAAGAGAAACCAUUGCAACGGAUAACUAAGACUGCCGACGAUGUGUUUGAUGAAGAUUUCGAUUCGGUUACUAGUGUCAAAUGCAAACGAAAGGAAAAAAGAUUUUAUACAGUCGUUCGUAAUGUUAAAAAAGCACAUCAAAUUCAAGAAUCAGGAGAGUUUCAAGAAUUCAACGAUGAUGUUGAGUAUAUCCUGGACGCGUUACAACCGAAUAAUCCUGUUGGAACUAGAUGUUUAUCGGCCAUUACGUUAGCGACAAAAUGCAUGACGCCAGCAUUCAGAAUGCACGUGAAAGCACACGGUACAGUCGCAAAAAUAUUUCGAGCGUUGCAAGAUGCCACCAAAGAUCAAAGUUUGGGAAUGUGUACAGCUACAGUCAUGUUCGUAUUGAGCCAAGAUCGUCUGAACAUGGAUUUGGACAGAGACUGUCUCGAGUUGAUGUUGAACUUAUUAGAGAGUGACACUAGCCACGAUCAGGCGUUGGACGAUUGUGGUUUGACGGAUCAUCAGUUGCAAAAGACGCGUGAACGGGUUAUACAACUGUGUUCAGAAAUCAAAUCGCAAGGCGCCGCAAAGUACUUAAACACGGACAACAUAACUGUGGGACAAUUAGCUAUGGAGACGUUGUUGAGCUUGACAAGCGCUCGAGCCGGGGAAUGGUUCAAAGAAGAAAUGAGACAGCUUGGGGGACUCGAUCACAUUGUACGGACGGUUGUCCAGUGUUGCGCGCAAGUCGACUCAAUGACGAACAUUUGGUCUCCUACCCUGCUCGAACGCAUCAAGAAAGUCGAUCGUUGUCUGAGGAUAUUAGAAAAUGUAACGAUUCAAAACGAAGAAAACAAUGUGUAUUUAUUGAACUUUGAAAAUGGUAUUUUAAUGAACACAUUGAUAAGAAUGUUUAAAGUUUGCGAUUAUGAAAUUCCGCUGUACCCAAGUUAUAACGAAAACGACAAAGAAUCGGUCGGAGGCAUUCUACGAGAGUGUCUUAUUGCAAAUUUAAAAGUUCUUAUUAAUUUUUCACACGACACUAAUCAAAAAACUAAUGGAUCUAAAAUUGGAUCAAAGGACGGAGUGAUCGAUACCACUUUGCAUGUUCUACUCAAAGUACCCGAGUAUGUUCCGCACGACGAAAAGUUUGACAUUAUGUUUUUAACUUUGACGUUGUUAAUUAACCUGGCCGAGAAAAACACUGACAAUCGACGGCUCAUCGUUGAAGCUAAAUCUCUUUCCAAAGGGGACGGUGUUGUUAUUGACGAUAAGUCAAGGUCGUUUGCGAUCGAAGCUCUAGUGAAAAUGUUCUUCCAACAAGAAGAGUUAGCCAAGACUGAGGAAAAAAAGACUGAUGAAAUAUUAGACGGCGAAAACAAACAAACGGAAAAACCAGCUAAAGACGCUCCACUCAAGGCUCACAAAGAAUACAUCGAAGAGACUAUAGCGCUACUUGUCGAGAAAGCCGGACAGAACAUGCAACAUACCAUGAUAUCGUCUUAUAUUGCCAUACUAUUGGGUUACAUCACAAUGGACGACAAUAAUUCUCUAGAACUUGUAUGCAAACAACUACCCGACGGUCGGUUUGCAGCGAUGUUGGCCGUUUUGGAUAAAUACUUAAAUUUCAUGAAGCUCACUGCUGCGCCUGGUACCAAAGGUAUUAAGUCGGUGGAGAUGAUCAUCAAGCAUUUGACCAAAUGCGAUAAAGUCCAAGCGGAAAUCCUAGGAUUGCCCGGGACGUCUACGUAAUAUUUAUUAUAUUAAUUUUUUUAAUCGUAAGACAAAUUUUAUAACUAUUAAAACUAAUUUAUGUAAUAUAUUAAUUUUUUUUUUAAAUAUAAAAGAGUCUUGAGAUGAUCAUAUUAAUUGUACAUAUUAUAUUCAUAUAUAUAUAUAUAUAUUUUUUUAUUUUUAUUUUUAACAUACAAAAUAGUAUUAAUUUAUUUCUUGAAUGUACUUCUGUUGUUUGGUCGUCUCCAUGCCGAAUACUUGUAUUUAAUCCACAAGAUUGAAUUAAUUCUUAGAUGUUUUCCUAUUGAACGUUAUCAUUAUACAUAAAAAUAAUAAUACAAAUUAAUUAGACAUCUCAUCGAAUGGUCUUGUUACAAUUGUUCUGUACACGUUGUAAUGAUAUUUUAAUUUUUAAUUUCGCUUAAUAAUAGUUACAUUUUUAGAAUUUUUCCACACAGUCGAUUCAUCUUGAUGAGUCUUAAUUUUAACUUAAUUAAUUUCUUUGAAAUUAUAUUCCUCCUAACAACAAGUUGUUUUUAAAUGUAAUUCAAUCAAACAUUAAUUUUAUUUUAAAAUGUUUUUUUUUUCGAUCUCUGGUUUUUCACUAAAUGUUUAUAAUAAUAAUCGUUCUGCAUAGAAAAGUACUGUUCGAUUUUUUUGUCCUAUUUUUAUUAUUAUGGAUUAUAAUUAUUAAGUAAAUAAGUUUAAUGUACGUGAAUUUGUGUUUAUGAAAACUCGCUGCACAAUAACGGAAUAAUGUUGUCAACGAUGUAGUCAUCGUAAUAGGUAUACGCUGUGUGUACUCACUUCUGGGUAUAAGUUAAUUGUUGUGUUACUACAACGCCAAAUAACAUUUACAUUUUCUUUUUUAUUCUUUACGAUAUUUCAAUGUGUAAGUCUCGACAAGUUUUUCUAUGUUAUGAAUUAUAAUUUGAUAACGAGAAACUCGUCCGAGUAACCUUUAUGUUUUUAUUUUAUAUGUUUUGUCUUUAACAUUAUUAUAUUGUGGUUAGCCCGUGAAUUAAAUUAUGCUCUUUUUGUUUUGUUUU